AUGGACAUCUUAUUUAAGCUGCCUGCCGAGAUAUCAAAUCUUGCAGUCGAUUUGCUCGAUUGCAAAACUCUAGCCUGUCUACGACUCGUUUGUAGUGAAGCACAUCAAAUCGCAACACCCACAUUCGGUCGCAGAUACUUCCAUACACUACGUCCUGCAUUUCUUCCUGACUGUCUCAACUCCUUGAUAAAGAUCUCAGAGAACAGAGAUGUCUCUCUCGUAAAGCAAAUUCUCCGACUCCACAAUCUAGGUUCCGAGACCAGACUGCUCGUAGCACAUAGCCAUUGCAUCCAAAAGCAACAGCAUUUUAUCGAAUCUAGUCAACACAUCAAAUUGAUUAGACAAGCUUUGACAAACUUCAGAGACGCUGGUGUAUCGCCAGCGUUAGGAAUCUUCGACAACAAACAUAGCAAUGCCAGCAUACCUCCGCUACACAAAGGCUGGAGUGCAGAUCCGUACUACAAAGAAUUUUUUGAGGUCGAGGCUUGGUACAGAGCUAGUGGUGAAGUUUUGAGUGCAGUCAUUACGGCUGCAAAACUCUGCAACUACCCCUUGGAAUGUAUUACCUUGGACGCAUGUGUGGGUAUGACAAUUCCAAUGGGGACAAGAGAAACAUCCAGGCCAGUAAAUCACAGAGUUGAUCAUAUCCUUGCCAACAUCCUCUCUGACGCCGGUCUUUGUAACUCAAAGCUGAGUUUUCGCUUCGACAUCAUGCCACAGAGCGAUGACUGCAUGACUUCUCGCCUCGAUAUCGACUGUCAAAACCGUCGUCUUGGUUUCCGGAGCUUAAGGCGCUCUGAAGUGACUAACUACGCCCGCUUCAAAGGAUUAGCUGGUCUAGGCAAACUAGCUACCAUCUUCAACACCAACACAUUUUGCGAGAUCGACAUAUCACGCUGUGAAGCUGAAGUCUACGUUCUCUCAAGUUUCUUGCGAGCCCACUCUGGAUCACUAAAGCGGCUGAGGCUAUCUCGAAUUGUCUUUUGCGGUUCGAGUCUGCGUCAUGAAAGUCAGGAGAUGUUAUCUGCAGCCGACUUCUUGAGAAUGUUGAAGGAUGAACUAAAGCAUCUGGAGUAUCUUGAACUUGAGGACUUCGAAGGUUCCGAUUGUGAUUGGAGAAUGCUUCCUAUUUCCACCGUGAGAAUAAAGUCAAGCGGAAUGCAGGAUUUUGAGUCGACUUUGGAUCUGUGGUUGCAACCCCAAGGAACAAUUGGAGAGCAACACGGUUGA